UCGUACCUGCAUCCUUGACAUGUUAUAUCCAUAUGCCCAUUUACCAUAAAUAGAAAUGUGCAGUCGUGUUAUAUAGUGAUUACUGAAUCUGAUUCACUAUUGGUGAUUUUCGUCGGUCCUUCUGUGUGUGUACGCCUUCAACAGGCCCGCCGCACCUCUUGGCUCUUAUACAAACGAGCAAUCUAAAUUCAGCAUGUGGGAGUAUCCAGUAACGCCUACAUAAUAUGUCGACUUGACUUACAAAUAACUCAAAUGCCUGGUGUGACAAUGUCGUUCAGCAACAUGUCGUGCUCCCGUUGCGGAGACGGCUUCGAUCCCCACGAUAAAAUCGUCAAUUCCCAAGGAGAGCUGUGGCAUCCUCAAUGUUUUGUAUGUUCUCAGUGUUUCCGUCCGUUCCCCGAUGGAUUGUUUUAUGAAUUUGAAGGUCGCAAGUACUGCGAACACGACUUCCAAGUGUUAUUUGCUCCGUGCUGCGGCAAAUGUGGUGAAUUCGUUAUUGGUCGUGUCAUUAAAGCCAUGUCGGCCGCCUGGCACCCGGCUUGUUUUUGCUGCGCUGUUUGUAAUAAACAGCUGGCUGAUCGUGGAUUCGUGCGUAAUCGUAAUCGAGCCCUGUGCCACGAAUGUAACGCAGCAGAUAAAGCCGUUCUGUCAGGCAGGCACAUUUGCUUCAAGUGCCACGGAGUAAUUGAUGAUAAGCCAUUGAGGUUCAGAGGGGAAGUCUAUCACGGAUACCAUUUCAAUUGUACAGCAUGCGGGGUCGAAUUAAACUCCGAUGCUAGAGAGUUAAAACAUAGAUCAGGUUAUACGGCUAACGAGAUGAAUGAACUCUAUUGUCUUCGAUGUCACGACAAGAUGGGCGUACCAAUAUGUGGAGCUUGUCGUCGUCCGAUUGAAGAGCGAGUAGUGACUGCAUUAGGAAAACAUUGGCAUGUUGAACAUUUUGUCUGUGCAAAAUGUGAAAAACCAUUUUUGGGUCAUAGGCAUUAUGAACGCAAAGGAUUGGCGUAUUGUGAAACCCACUAUCAUCAGUUAUUCGGCAAUUUAUGUUUUGUGUGUAAUCAAGUAAUUGCUGGUGAUGUAUUUACUGCUCUUAAUAAGGCAUGGUGUGUGCAUCACUUUGCGUGCUCAUUUUGCGAUCAAAAAAUGACUCAAAAAACCAAAUUCUAUGAAUGCGACUUGAAACCGGCUUGUAAAAGAUGCUAUGACAAAUUUCCAUCUGAAUUUAGACGCAGGUUACGCAAAGCAUAUGACAAUACACCAAAAAAAGGCACUUCGGCUUAAAUUUUUAAUUUUUAAAAUAUUAAUAUUUUAACUAUCAAUCAAAGUUUUUAUAAAUUAUUAUUAUUAACACGUCCAACGACAAUCAUUAAAUUCAGUAUAUUAGCCAUAUUUAUUAUACUGGUAAUAACAAUAAUUAUAAUUAUGUCAUCGACCAAAGUAUUAAUAUAAAAUUUGUGCCAUCGCACAAUGCUUAAUAUGCACAUAAUUACACAAUAUAGUUUUACGCUUCAUUAA